AAUCUUUUUGUUAGUGAGGAGCUCAAAUCCAUCCGUUUCCUGUUAGUGAGAAACGGAUAGAUUUGAUUCUCCUAAACUGUUAGUGGGAAACGGAUAGAUUUAAUGCUCCUCUUUUAACCCUUGCGAGGAGUAAAAUUGCUGUUAGUACACCUUCAAAAUGCAUUAGACACAGACAAGGUAGAUAUAUUACAAGGUCUGCACUCGGGAAGGUGAAUGGGCUGGUGACCAGUUGUGGUCCUCACCACUGAGCGUUUAUUUGCCUGCUGCAAGCACAAAUAUCAGCUUAGCCAUGGCAAUGGGAAUGGGGCUACACCAACUUAAGGGUUUUAGCUCUACCUGCAAGCUGCCCAGUGACAUAAUCGUGCCUGUGCCCGCACUUGUUCCUUUGAGUAAAGGUGGAUCUCCAUCUCCAAUCCAGAAAUUGUCAUAUUCGAAUUGCACAUCUUUAAAGUGUAGUUGCAGCACUGACAAGGUGAAGGCAAUGGCGACUUCUCUUAAGAAUGUUGCCGAAAAUGCUGCAGAAGAUGAUAUGCAUAAAAAAGAGCUGAGCGUUUCCACGGUCCUAAUGAACUUUAGCAACUCUUUUGAUCCCUAUGAUGCUCUCAGCACACCUCUAUACCAGACAGCCACAUUCAAACAGCCUUCUGCCACAGAGAAUGGCCCAUAUGAUUAUACUAGAAGUGGUAAUCCUACUAGGGACACUUUGGAAGCGCUGCUAGCAAAGUUGGAGGGUGCAGACCGAGCAUUUUGUUUCACAAGUGGAAUGGCUGCUUUGGCUGUUGUUACACAUCUUGUAGAAACAGGACAGGAAAUUGUUGCUGGAGAUGACAUAUAUGGAGGCUCUGACAGAUUACUUUCUAGAGUAGUCCCAAAAAAUGGGAUUAUAGUAAAACGGGUUGAUACAACUAAUGUUGAAAAAGUUGCGGCUGCUAUUGGUCCUUCAACAAAAAUUGUGUGGCUGGAAAGUCCAACUAAUCCUCAACAGAGAAUCUCUGAUAUAAGGAAAAUUUCAAACAUAGCGCAUGCACAUGGUGCACUGGUCCUUGUUGACAACAGCAUAAUGUCUCCUGUUUUGUCAAGGCCAUUGGAGCUUGGAGCAGAUAUUGUGAUGCAUUCAGCAACUAAGUUCAUAGCUGGCCACAGUGAUGUCAUGGCAGGUGUUCUCGCUGUGAAGGGGGAAAGUUUGGCCAAAGAUGUUUACUUCCUGCAGAAUGCAGAAGGGUCAGGUUUAGCUCCAUUUGAUUGUUGGCUAUGCUUGCGAGGCAUCAAGACCAUGGCUUUGCGCAUUGAGAAGCAACAGGAGAAUGCAAAGAAAAUUUCAGAAUUUUUGUCAUCUCAUCCACGAAUAGAAAGGGUAUACUAUGCGGGUCUUCCUUCCCACCCCGGACACAAUUUACAUUUUUCACAGGCCAAGGGGGGAGGUUCAGUCCUUAGCUUUAAAACUGGCUCUUUGGCUCUUUCAAAGCACAUCGUUGAAAACACAAAGCUCUUCAGCAUUACUGUUAGUUUUGGAAGUGUGAAGUCCCUUAUCAGUUUGCCAUGUUUCAUGUCACAUGCAAGUAUACCUUCUGAAGUGCGUGAAUCCCGUGGAUUAAGUGAAGAUCUAAUACGCAUAUCAGUGGGAAUUGAGGAUGUGGAAGAUCUGAUUGCUGAUUUAGACCAGGCAAUCAACUCAGCAGCUGUCUAAUAUUGGUAGAUUGACCCUUCUGGAAAGAAUUUAUAGAACAUUUGAGUCAUUGGCCUCUUCUAGACAAUGUCAGUUUAUGUACCAAUUUGUGAUGAUAUAUUUCCAAAAUGCAAUGUACUGGGAUCCAUGACUAUGGUCAACUUCCUUUCUCAUCAGCUACGUCUUCUGGGAAACGUGUACUGAAGAUUUAAGUCAUUCACCUCUUCUAGAGAUUAAUGUCGAUGUACGUGCCAAUUUGCUAUGAUGUACUGGAAUCUAUGAACAUGGAUAGAUUCCUUCAUAUUCACCUAAAUCAAAAUGCAAUUGCAGCUUUACAAGAA